CAAUGCAUUCGCAAACCUUACAUUUAAAUUAAUGAACUGGCUUGUUAAGUUGUGAAUUGAAACCCUAAAAAAAGAUCUUCAGAUGAGUGUUAAAAUUGGUGUGGAUGUUUGAACAAUUCUCAUUCAUAUCAAGCACAUCAAGCUUUCCAAUGACUUAUAUACAAUUCUGAUCAUGCACUUACAUUUCUCUUUGGACAUUGUAUUGCCUUGUUGACGCUGGAUCGUUGUAUUGAUUGAUUGAUCUUCAUAUGGUCUGUGGUGUCAUACCGUUUUUGUUUUGGAAGAAAAACAGGAAUUUAAGGUGGUUAUGAAACCCACAUAACAGCUGAAUUUUGUAGCAUAAUGUCAGACUUCUGGAAAAUGAGCAUAAAUUGAUGGAAAUACCGAAAGUUAGUGACCUUAAACUAUGGAACCAAUUGAGGUUAAUUUGUAUUUCUUUUACUCAGAAACAUUCCUGUGCUGUUUUUAAGGACCUCGAAAGAAAUAUCUUGGAUGGCUUCAUCUCCCGUGACUCUUGUUAAGAGCAGCCGUUUCUGUUGUACAGUACUGUGUUAUGUCACAGCUGGCAGAAGAGCCACUGGUAUCAGUCUUAGUUUACUCUGAAUUGUUCCUAGUUCUGGUUGAGCAGGAGAUUUAUGUUGUAUGUGCACAACACCUGGUGGGGGUUUGUAUGUACAUAUCAGACACGUACAGAGACAUCAAUUGUCCAUGCAUUUCUGUUGCUAGAGUCUUUCAGUCACUGUGGCUUUUUAGUUUUCAUCUAUCUGUCUCUGUAUCACUGUCUACUGUGUUGUUACCCCUGCAUUUUAUCAUUUAAAAUGAGCUAAACCAUGUGACACCACUCAAACUCCAGACAUUGAAUGCUGUUACUGGUUGCUUUCAAGAAGUCACAGGUGUCCGCAGAACCGAUCUGUUUGUUUGUAAACCAUAACCUGGCAGACACACACACCUGAUGGUGUAGUCAACAUAAAGCAUGCACUGCCAAUGUGGUCAGUAAAUACGUAGAAAAGCAGACAACAGUUGCAUAUGAAGUCAGUGAAGUUGAACAAGUCCACUGUUUAUCAGUUGAGUCAAUCUUACGUUUCUCCCCUGGUCACAUGAAGGCAUUUCAAGACGUCAGUUGGCUCAUGUUAUUGUUUUGCUGUUUGAGUUUAUAAAAUAAAGGUGACAUGUAGCAGAGAUUGGGGAGAGACUGUUGCAGAGACGUAGUCUGAAACAUGUCAGCCGUAAGCUGUCAGUGUCAGAAACAAAACAAAAAAACAAAAAAAUCUAUUUUAUUAUGAGAUGUGAAUUCCACUGUUUCCCAAAUAUAUUUGUGUAAUUAGCUGCGUUUGAUGAUCACACUGGUUAAUAAUCAACUUUGUAGAAUCUCAUAAAUAGUCGUCUAUCUCAGAGUUGACGGAGUUGGUCACAAUUUACAGGUGGAAUUUUUGUGUGCUGGUCUUGUCAAGUCCUGUUGAAGGCAGCAGAUAAUCCUGCACUGGUUUGUUUGAUCUCAUGACGACCUUGAGAGUGUUUUCUACGUUACUAUUAGCAGACACAGUUUUGCAGCUGUAACUGAGCUUCUCCUGAGAUAACAAGCUGAUAUUGACUCAUUAUUGUUUGCUUAAUUUGUACGCAACUGUCGGUGUUGAACCGGUGUUACCAGUGGUGUUGGUUAUUUUUUUUAUUUUUAUUUUUUUACACUUAUACACUAUAUUGCCAAAGAUAUUUGCUCACCCAUUCAAAUGAUCAGAAUCCGGUGUUUGUCCUUUGACAAACAUUUGGGAAAGAAUGGGCUGCUCUCAGGAGCCCAGUGAAUUUCAGUGUGGAGCUGUCAUAGGAUGCCACCGUGUGCAUCAAAUCCAGUCGUGAAAUUUCCUUGCGUCUAAAUAUUCCACAGUCAGCUGUCAGCUUUAUUAUAAGAAAAUGAAAGCAUUGAGGAACAACAGCGACUCAGGCAUGAAGGCCAUGUAAACUGAUGGAGAGGGGUCAGUGGAUGCUGAGGUGCAUAGUGCAAAGAGGUCGUCGACUUUCUGCACAGUCAAUUGCAACAGAGCUCCAAACUUCAUGUGGCCUUCAGAUUAGCCCAAGUAUGGUACGCCUUCUCUGGAAUGAUGAAUCACACUUUUCCAUCUAGCAAUCUGAUGGACGUGUCUGGGUUUGGAGUUUGCCAUGAGAAUGGUACAUUUGUGUCAAGUGUGAAAUUUGGUGGAGUUAUGGUGUGCCGUUGUUUUUUGAGAGUUGGGCUUGGCCCCUUACUUCGAGUGAAAUGAACUUUGUUUGCUUCAGGAUACCUAAACAUUUUGGACAAUUUCAUGGUCCCAACCUUGUAGGAACAGUGCAACAUGGAUAACAGAGUUUGGUGUAGAGUCCUGAUCUGAACCUGAUUGCUGCGGCUUGCUGCUGUCUUAUGUAUUUUGUCAUGUGAAUACUGCUAAAAAUGAAGCGCUCACGUCACCCUGGAUGGAUGUAUUUAUCCACAGAAGCAUAUUGAACUAAUUGUGAAACCUUAAUAUUGGCCUGUCAAGACGUUGACUAAAUCAUACGCUAAUCAAUAAUGAACUUGUUCACUUUGGGGGCUUUGGUUAAUUUCCAUGUGUAUGUUUGUUUCAUUUCCUUGUCUUGCUUAAAAACAAGGUGUGCUCGUGCUUUUGUGGUUGGAGCCCCAAGGCUGUGGAAUGCCUUUCUCUAUCCUUUUAGAGCUGCAGCCACUGUGGACAUUUUUAAGAGGCAGUUAAAAAUGCAACUUCUUUUAAAAAAGCUUAUUUUUCAGAUAUUUUGACUUCAUCUUGUUUUAUGUUUCACCAAGCUACUUUGUAUGUACCACUUUGUAUUGUAUUGUUUUUAACUUGUUCUUAUGUUUUUUGGUAAUGUUAUCUUGUUGUUACUUACUUUCUCCGAACUACUGUCUUUGCCCACUGACAGGAUGUCCACAAUAGAUAGCUCAGUUUAAGCAAGUUAGCAAGACCUCGGUGGAGCAGCACUGUAUCUUUAUGGAAAUAAAAGGAGAAAAGCCAAAAGCCACAACCCAUGAUGUGGGCAUAUUUUGUCUUCAAACCUAGUGUACAAUAUUUCAAGUUCUAUAAAGUUAUUUCGACUACAACAGUAUAAUACUGAUGAGAGAAAAAAACAUUACAAUUUAAAGGGUGUACUUGCCUUAGGUUUUAUAUAUAUCAUUACAUAAAUUUGUCAGUAAAUUUGUCAAAUAAUAAAAGCAAACUUUGUUAUCAAGACAUGCCUUUCCUCAAUCUGUAUUUGUUGUUGUUGCUCUGGGAUUCAGAGCAAUAGUUCAGUAGUACAUUUUACCCAUUUAGGACAAUUGAUACUCUGUACGUGACAAUGAUGUUCAAUGUAUCCAAAGAUGGAAUUCAGUUGAGGAAAGUUCAGAUUAUUUCUGUCGAGUACAAUUCAAAAGAGAAUGCAUGCGACAGAGGAAAAGGCGACUCAGGAAAUAUAGGAUAUAAUUACUGUCAAGAAAUGUAACUUUUUCUGUUCCAAGUAGGUGAAAGAAGAAGAGGGUGACAAGAAUUGAUAAUCAUGAAUGUGAUAAUUAAGGACUGGUAGAGGAGAGGUAGGAUGCUCAAGAUCUUUUAAGGUUGAGGCUGAGUUGAAACUCCCGGAAGAGGAAUUGAAGCAGAUGAAGAUGAGGACUGGCUGCAUGGAACAUUUGAAGAAGUGACAGGGAUGAGGAUCCCAAAGUUUUUUAUUGGGGGUGACUCGGAAGGACAAGUUUAGGAAUGGGUUAUCAGAGGGACAGCUCAUGUGGAGAAGUUUGGAGAUAAAGUAAUGGAGCGACUCAGGUGGACAUGUGGAAAGGAACUCUUUUGGCAACAAAGAGAGAUGCCAGGCACUUUGGUGAAGACUCUGGUGGCAUACCUGCAUUUACUGCUGAAUCAAUUUGGAAAACGAAGUACUUGAGGGGUGAAAGCAAACAAGUCAGAUAUAUACUGGUGUUCUGCUGCCUGUUAGCACAGCUGACAGCUUCUAUCUCUGUUGCGACUUACUAGCUCUGACCCUUAUGUGCGCACAGUAAAUCCUUUGAUGUUCACCUCCUCUGAUGAACAACAAAUUACUUUGUUGCGUCACAUUUCUCAAUGUGUUUUAGCGUCUUUGUUGUCAAGUGGCACAUAUUUUUAUAUAUUCAUCUGAACAUGUUUGCCCUCCACCCUGCAGUGUCUUAGUUUCUUCUUCAUGUUCCUUCUGCUCUUGCUGAGACUGUGAACUUCCUUUCAAUGGAUCACUAGUCUGCUGCCCAGCCACACUUGACAUGACCUGGGACUUUGAGCAGUUUCAUCAAGGACACCUCCUCCUUUGGUUGGACCAUGUUCUGAGCUCUUCUGGUGCCAGUGUGGUUGCCAUCGACAACAAGAUAGAACAAGCCAUGGACCUGGUGAAGAGUCACCUGAUGUACGCGGUGCGUGAGGAGGUGGAGGUGCUGAAGGAGCAGAUCAAGGAGCUGAUCGAGCGGAACACCCAGCUGGAGCAGGAGAACAAACUGCUGAAGACCCUGGCCAGCCCAGAGCAAAUGGCUCAGUUCCAGGCCCAGGUUCAGACAGGCUCUCCGACCAGCAACACCCAGCCACCGCUUCCUGCUGGUCCCACACCGGUUCUCCCAUCCACACAGAAUUCUGGCACGUCCGCAUGAGCCUCGCUGAGGACGACGAGUAAAGAUGAGGAAGAAGAGGAAGUUUUGCUGUGAUCUGACUGUUCCAACGUCAGCCACACUGACAAAGAAAACAACUUUAUGUUCUUGCACAUUUAAUUUAAUUGCUGGACUGUGGCGUUGCACCAGAGCGCAGCUGCUUCUUCGAUGACACACAAUCGUCAUGGUGACGUGAGGACAGUACGCUGCUGACAGGAAGGGACCGUCUAUGGCCCAAGUCUGCAGGCUCGCUCCGGUCUGUGCCAUCCAUUCACCCGUCGUGAAGACCUUUGGAAGUGCAGACCCUCCGUCCCCCAACUCAAAUCAGACACUCAAAUCGCACCUUGUUUUUGUGCACACAUCUUUUACAGACAGUGAAAACAGACCGACCGAAGAGUCCCAUCAGGAAUGGGAAACAAAGCCAGGCUGAUGUGCUGAGUUGGGGGUUACGGGGUUUUAAAUCCAUGCUCACACUGAUUCCUUUUUUAUUUUCACUCUGCCGUCCCCUAUCUGAGCACUCUCCCACCUUGGAUGGAGCGCCAAACAUUUGUAGGGAAUCAAUGUCGUCUCAAGUGAGGAGAGGGAUGGUUGUAAGAAUUAUUUCCAUGUUUGUAUUUGUUCUUUUUGUAAUGUUUUGUCCUAGUAAUGUGUCAUAAUUGAGGAGGCGCGAAUAGGACUUGACUGUUUUAGUUAGUGACUUAUUUGUACAGAUUGAAUUCCUGAUUCUGCCAAGUGCCUGGUUUCUGACCAUAGAUACAUAUAUAAACCAUGUUAGCUGUUUUAUUCUCUGUGUAUGUAUAUAUAUCUCUAUGGUUCCACCAGGUUGUGAGCUGCCUGUGACGUCGGUUCUCAGGGCGGGAACAGAAGAGAACUUACCUCGACACUAAAAGUGCGGCCACUUGAGCCGCCCUGGAGCUUGUCUUGCUUCACUCUCGCUCAAAUGAUGUUUUGAAUUUGAUGGCGUGAGUAACUUUUUAUUUUAUUUUAUAUAAUGACAUUGGUGUUUUUUUUUUUUUUUUUUUUUUUGUUUUUGUUUUGUUUUGGUCUUAGUCCAGCCAGGCGUUGGAGCCUGUCCCAGCACCAAUGAAGAAACCGUUGCUGGCAAAAGGAAAAUGCCCAGUGGAAUUUUGUGGAUGUGUUAUGCAUGUUUCCUCAGCCCAUCACUAAUGUGAAGUUACAAUUGCACUAGACAGUUGCACCUCGAAUAAAAUGAUGACAAAA